AUGGAUCUUGAUGGUCUUAGGGCUAAUCUUGACAAGAGAUGGGUAGAGAAGCAACGAUUAGAGGAAAAGCAGCGAAAACACGACAUGAAAAAGUCUGAGGAAGGAUAUGGGAGAAUCAAGAGGACAAUCUGUUGUUUUGAGACGUUUACUGAAGAAGAAGAUGUUGUAGAUGAGGAUGAAGACGAAGAUGAAGAAGUGGAAAUAAUUGGGGCAAUGGAACCAGCAAAAAUAGACUGGAAGAGAAUAGACUCUGUCUUUGUAGAAGAUGGAUUGUAUGAGAACAUAAAUGCACCCAAGUGGUUUGAUUUCUUUGCUCCCGAAGACUCCACAGAUGAUGGAGCCUGGUUUUGCAGACCUGAUUGUAACCAUCCAAAGACAGCUGAGGAUUUAUUUAAAACCACGCCAACUUCUAAGUUUUCAAGCUCAGGUGAUCAUAAAGCUAGAAGUAGAACCCCUCUCAGCGACAAGAAUCAAAGAGAUGCAAAAUUGAAGAGAAGGGGGCAAAGUCAGUCUUCAUUUACUUCAUGUGAUUAUAAAGCCAAAUUCAAUGAGGAUAGCGAAAAUCGGAAUCCAAAUUUAUCAACACCAACAAUUCACCAUAAGUCUAUGAAAGAAAUGAUCAAAUCAAGCAGUGAAAAGAACAAACGUAUUGAUGAUGUGCCACAAACCAGUGAGGCGCCAAGGCUAAAAAGUACACUAUCAGCAAGGAAUUUGUUUGCAGGGAAAGAUAUAUUAGUUCAUAUUACUGAGUUUUGCAAUGAAUUGAAGAAGAUUGCAACGAGAGCAAGGGAAAAAGAGAGUUUGAAUGAGAAGGAGAGUCAAAUGAGGGAGAAAAAAGAUGUGUUGGCAGUGAAUGAGGGUUCUGGAGAGGUUUUGGGAGAGUUGAUUGCGAAGGAGAAAGAGAAAAAACCAUUGCUGGAAAAGGAUAGGGAGCAAUCCGAAGGAAAUGAAAACGGAAGUGCCAAAGAGAAGCAAAGGAGGAAGAAAAGAGUUGAUGAUGCAGAGAACAUCCCGGUCCCUCUGAAUUUGGCAAAUGUGAAGAACAAAGGAGAGGAGCGCUUGCUGCAAAUUCGGACCAAUCCUCCUUCACCUCAAUGCUUUUCUGCCAGUCGUGCACCAACCAAAACUACCCCUUCAAAGGCUUCAAGGUCCAGGCUUAUGUCUGUCCUAGGUUGCACCAGAAAACAUGAGAGGAAUUUUAAGGAUAAACACCAGGAAAGGGGAAUCCUUCAAGAAUUGAAGAAGGAUAAGGAAAUCACAAAGGAGGAAACCGAAGACAAAGGCAGCCGUUCUUUCAUUGCCGAUGGAAGAGAAUCAAGAGCUUUGGAUGUUUUCUGGUUCCUGAAGCCCUGCACACUCUCCAGCUGA